AUGUCUUUCUACUGGAGACUGUUCGACCACGACCCGACUGUGGCCAAGGUGAUGUCCGACUUUAAAACUUUUGCGACGUGGCCUUUGCGCAACAGUACCCUCACACCCAAGGACUUUGCCAUGGCAGGACUCGCCUACGAUCCGGAGAAGCGGAUUCUCAGCUGCUCGAUGUGCCAGCAAAAGACUCAACUCUCUACUAUCGUGGCCUCGGACGAAACACUUCCCCAAGGACUGCACGAAUCCGACUGUGACGCACCGCUACGCACGCUGAGUCCAGACGUCUCGGCGGUGGUGACCGAACGAGCGCUUGCCUUUAGGCCCGAGUUUCAGACUUACACUGCGAGGUUCGCCUCCUUCGACGCUCGGCCGAAAGAAGAAGACGUCUUUGACGUGGAUUACAUGGCAUCUGCGGGAUUUUAUUACCUGACCGAUCGGACCGUGGAAUGCUUUUGUUGCGGACUUCGGUUGCUUUCGUGGGAAGCCGACUACGACGACCCAGUCGAGGAACACGCCAAGUACAACCCUCGCUGCCCCUAUCUUCGAUUGUGCGCGAGCGUAACCUACAUCAAGGAGGUGUCCGACGUCUCGGGCGCGCGCUCAGAAAAGAAGUUUAGUGACGGCAUAUAUCUCCAGACGUUCAAGGCAUUUUUAGUGACCAACGCUGGCAGCUGCUAUGUCAAGGGAAUAAUCGACGGUGGCAGUCAGCGCACAUUUAUAAAAGAAGAGGUAGCGCAACGCCUAGGGCUGAAAGUCCUGCGGAGAACAAAGAUAGCACUCAACACUUUCGCCAGUAAUGCUUCGAAGGUUAUAGAGCGCAGUCCCGUUGUGGAGGUAAAGCUCAAAAGUCAAUUUGACAAUACAGAAAUAACCUUUGAAGCAAUUUCCAUCCCGGUCAUUUGCCAGGACGUAUCUACGCCAACAACGGACAUCCCGUUUGUGCGAUUUCUGCGAGAAAGCAGUAAGAAUUUGGCAGACGACGUGAUUUUCCCAGAUGUAAAAACAGUUCCUGAGAAAAGUCUGUUGAUUGGAUCCGACCAGUUGUGGAAGUUCUGCACAGGAGACGUGAUCAGGUGCGCAGAUGUGGACGGAUUGGUAGCGAUCAACACAAAGAUGGGCUGGACGCUGCAAGGUCCUUCAAGACAGGUGGGAAGGCUCCAAUGGGAUUCAAGUCUGAUGAUAUGUGUCCUACAAGCGAAGGCAAAGGAAACCCAAGUGGAAGAGGCGCUACAGCCCUUCUGGGAGUUAGACAGAAUGGGAGUUGCCGACAGUGAGCUCGGAGACACUGAUGCAGACACCAUUACACACUUUGAGCAAAACAUCAUUAAGAAAAACGGACUAUACGAAGUGGCUCUGCCGUGGAAAGAAGACACUUUUGAUAUGCUGGCAAACAACUGGGAAGUUGCCAUUUUACGUCUAGGGAGCUUGUUGAGAAGAAUCUCACGAAAGGAGGGAUUACUCAAGCGGAACGUCAUGAGACAGGCAGGAAUGACACUCCGGAAAUGGACUGCGAACAAUGAGCAACUGCAGGAGCAGUUCAACAAGGAGGAGCCAACAUUUAUGACCGAAGAAAAAAGCCUCUCACCUUCACCAACCUCCAAGGUACUUGGAAUGAUGUGGGAUCACGAAGGGGACUGCUUUAUUUACAAAGUUGAAGCUUUGCUUGAAUUCCUCUCAGCAAAUGUGGACACUAAACGGUUCAUCCUCAAGGCAGCCUCAAGAGUAUUCGAUCCUCUUGGAUUGAUCGCGCCCUUCGUCCUAACAGCUAAGCUGCUAUUUCAGAAGCUGUGGACAUUGGGAAUCAGCUGGGAUGAAGAACUCCCCGCUGAUUUGAUCACUGAAUGGCACGCUCGGACGGCGGACCUUGUUCAACUGCUCUCGUUAAGUAUACCAAGACAUGUCAAGCGAGGCAUCCAGGCAGGAGCCAACAAAGUACAGCUACACGUCUUCGUAGAUGCAAGCACGAAAGCCUACGGAUCUUGUGCGUACUUUAGAACAGCCGAUGACCAAGGAGAAACAGCUACCAUGUUAGUUGUUGCGAAGACAAGAGUGGCACCGAUAAAACCUUUAUCACUGCCUAGGUUGAAGCUGAUGGGGCCGAAUAUUGGAGCCAGACUCCUACGAUAUAUAAAGCAGUCAUAUUAUGACGUGGAACUUGAUUACAUUAUGUGGACUGACUCAACGGUUGCCCUCAGUUGGGUGAGAGGAGUCCCUGAAAAAUGGAAGCCAUUUGUAAAAAACAGGGUGGCAGAGAUACGCGUCAUGACAUCCCCGGACCACUGGAGGCACUGCCCCGGUCAAGAGAAUCCGGCGGAUCUCUUGACCAGAGGACUAGGCGUUCAGGAGCUUCGUGCUAACUCUCUUUGGUGGAAAGAGCCGAGUUGGCUGAGUCAAGAACCUUCAGAAUGUCCUGAAUCUUCAGUGUUCUUGGAAGACACGCCUCAACUCGAAGUAAAAGAAGAGACACAUGUGCUGUUGGAGAAAGGCCAAGAAGUUCCAUCAUUGUUCGACACCGGAAGUUACGAGAAUUACCAGAAGGUUCUGAGGAUCACUGCCUGGGUCAUCAGGUUCGCUAACAACGCACAGAAGAGAAAUGACAAAAUACGAGGUGGAUUAAUUGCGGCAGAGUUGGACAAAGCAGAGCAGUAUUGGAUCAGGCAGAUACAAAACGAAAGGUUUCAGACGGAUAUUAUGCUCCGCGAGAAAAAUACGACAGAGGUUAAUGUAAGACUCGCAGAGUAUCAUCCUCUCUUUGGCGAAAACAAAAUCCUGCGGGUCGGAGGACGACUGCAGAGGUUGACGGAAAGUCUCGAUGUGAAACAUCCAGUCCUGUUACCGAACGACCAUGACUUUGUCAAGCUAAUUGUGAUGCACGCUCAUUGUAAGGUUAUGCACGGGGAAUUAUUCUACAACAUUUGCGACCUGUAUGUGGAGUCUCGCAUGUCGAACAAGAGGAAGGACUUCAGCAUCAGUAACGCGGACGCAGUAUUGCUAACGAUGAUGAAGCUCUAUCACAAUCUGAAAUUUUCCCUUUUUGGUGUACUGUCUGGUGUCCAGGAUGACAGCUUUUAA